AUGCAAAGUUGGCGACAGGAUUUGCGUAAUGUUAAGGGAGUGGAGCAUGCAAGCUUGUUGCUCACCACUUGGAAUCUCUUGUCAGAGCCCUCUUACAGCGUAUGGCUGGCUAUGGCUGUAUACGAGUGCAUCAUGCUGCUCGAGUGCGUAAUGGCCCACUUAGUGUUUGAGUUCUUUGAAAAUGACAUCGGUGCGGAGAUGGACGCCAGAACAGGAGGAGUCGCGGCAGACUUGGGGGAACAAGAACACUAUGACGACAAGAUGUAUAGUGACACCGUACACUCGCAGCCGCUGCCAUUUACGCGCCGGAGCCUGAGGCAUAUCAUCAGGACUUUGAACUUCGCAUUUGUCAUGGACCAUUCGCGCUUUCGGACUGGUAAUCUUUUCCCAGACCUCGUCAUGUUGAACGAUUAUAAUGACGGGGAUACCGUGAAUAUCAGCAGCAGCAGCAGCAGUUCUGACUACGACUCCAGCGUCGAAGACAACAGCAGUGGCGGCGAUCCUUCGGAGUCUUCCAUAUCGCGCCGCUCCGUUUCUGUUGUGAUGGAGGCAAAGAGUCUGCGCAGUCUAGAGCGACACCGCACGAAGAAUCAUGCGAGCGAGGCCAAGUUGAGAGCCAGAGAGUGGUCCAACCAGAAGCGUCGUGAUUGGGUCGCUAGCAUCGCGGGCCUGAGACGGAUUGUUUUUGAGACCACCUACUCUCCCAUUACGAGGUCGUUGAUCCUCGGCGUAGCAAUUAUUAAAGUCCUCCUCCAUCUGUAUUGGCUCAGGUUCGUCGGAGACGUUGAUGAUCCGCAAGGCGUAGAACAUGCGACCCUGCAGACGCCCAUGUUAGUGGUCAUGGCUAAUUGUUUCUCAUCGUUCAUUGGGGCUGUACUACCGUGGGUUGGCUGA